GGAGCAUGCCAAUUUGCUUCUACAGCAACAAUUAUGCUGUCGAGUCGCUCGCCACAAUUGCCUCGGGGCGUUCGGGGGAUGGUCUCGGCGAGCACAAUGAGAACGGGCAUCUUACGUGCGGUACCAUCAUGUCGGGUUGGCGGUGCUUUGAUGAAUGGACAGAGUUUGGGACAGCGGAGACUGAUUACAAUGGAAAAGUUGAACGAGGGUAGACGCAAUCGAGAGCGCGUAGUCAUCCUGGGAUCUGGCUGGGCUGGCUUUACUGUUGCCCGUACUCUUGAUUCGUCAAAAUACCAGACCAUUGUCGUGUCUCCACGGUCCUACUUUGCCUUUACCCCCCUGCUUGCGUCUACAGCCGUAGGAACGCUGGAAUUCAGGACCGCACUCGAACCUGUGCGUAGUCGCAGAACCAAUGCGGAAUUUAUCCAAGGCUGGGCCGACGACGUGGAUUUCAAGAACCGUACCAUUACUGUCGAAGAGGCAGUCGAUGACCCCAAGCCAGGCGUGGCGCUGACGACUGAUCGCCAUGCGGGCAAAACCGAGGAGCAGAGAGCUCUGGAGAAGAAGAAGGAAAGUAAAGAGGGAAGGCUGUUUUCAGUGGACUACGACAAACUGAUUGUGACGGUGGGAUGCUACAGCCAGACAUUUGGCACUCCGGGGGUCAAAGAACACGCCUUUUUCCUCAAAGACGUGGGCGACGCACGCAGAAUCCGGAACCGCAUUCUCGCGUGCUUCGAAGGCGCGGCUCUCCCCACGACGCCUGUUGAUAUGAAGCGCCAACUCCUGAACUUUGCGGUUGUGGGAGGUGGCCCAACUGGCAUCGAGUUCAGCGCUGAGCUGCACGAUCUCAUCAACGAAGACAUGAAGAAGCUGUACCCGGAACUCAUCAAGUACCACAAGAUUACCGUGUACGAUGUCGCUGAAAAGGUGUUGCCUAUGUUCGACCAAAAGCUAGCGAGCUACGCCAUGCAAAAGUUCAAGCGUGAAGGUAUUGAUAUCAAAACGAGUCAUCACGUCCAGGAACUGCGUGCCGGAGCGCCCGUCGAAACCAGCAACUUGGGGACAGUAGAAGACUCGCAUCUGUACACGCUCAAGGUCAAGGAGCAGGGUGAAAUUGGCGUGGGCAUGUGCGUAUGGAGCACAGGACUAAUGCAAAAUCCCUUUGUCCACAACGCACUCUCGAGCGUCCGCGAAGCACCCACCAACCUUGUCCUCAGCAAUCCCUCAACCCCUCAAUCCAGCAGCAGCAGCAUCUCUGAAAAAAUCCGCUGGACCGUGAAAAAAGACGCGAAAUCAGGUUCCAUCAUCACAGACGCCCAUCUCCGUGUCAAACUCGUGCCUGCGAAUAAUACUAACAACAACAACAACAACGAUCCGGAAAACCCAUCACAGCAUACCAACCAGAAUACACCUGCUGUAACCGAAGCCGUCCACCCAGAUGUCUUCGCCCUGGGUGACUGCGGCAUCAUACAAGGCACCUCGUACCCAGCCACCGCACAAGUAGCCAGCCAGAAAGCAGUCUGGCUCGCCAAGCACCUCAACAAGAGCACCAACAUGGCACACACAACGGGCUUUACAUACCGCGACCUGGGCACGCUGGCCUACAUUGGAAACUGGAAUGCGCUCUUCCAGGGCGGCGGCCAGUGGGGCGGCCGCCUGCAGGGCUAUGUGGCGUGGAUUAUCUGGCGCGGCGCGUACAUUACGCGCACCGUCAGCUGGAGGAAUAAAGUGCUUGUGCCUGUGUAUUGGGCUGUGAAUUGGCUGUUUGGGAGGGAUAUUAGUCGGUUUUGAAAAAAAAAUCACAUUUUGGACGUUGGGGAAAAAGAGAUUUUGGGGGGAAGAGGAGGAAGAUGUAUUUGUAUGAGAUGGAUGGUUUCGGGGGGGAACAUGAGGUGAUGACUCGACUUUAUUUUUUAUUUUUUUUUCUUUCCUUGGUUGAAGAGAUGGGGAUAUACGUAGCGGUAAAGACUAGAUUUAGAUUGGCGAUAUGCGAUACAAGGUAAUCAUCAUCAUGAUAUCGAAUACAUAGUAAUACGCACU